AGGGGCGGGGCGUCCUGGAGGGGCCGCACCAGGCCCGGGCGGCCCCGGUGGCCCGGUGGCCCGGGCUGCGCGUCCAUCCGCGGGAGCCCAGGGCGCCCCUCCUUCCCUCCCUCCCUCCGAGGGCUCCGGUUUCCUGACUCUCCUGGCGUGUCCCGUGCUACCUGUGGGGCGCGGAGAACCCACACCCUCAGGCCGGCCGGGCCAGGCCGGGCGGGCGGCCAGCCGAGCAGCAGGCCUGGCGCUCCGGCAGCUGAAGCCGCCUGGCCGGGAGCAGGAUCGCUUUUUUCCGGCCCUGCACCCGGCUACCAGCCUGGAGAGUCACCGAGGGAUGAGGAAACUACAGCCCAGUGGGACGCCCUUUCUGCCCUCGCUGCUGCAAGUGCGCAGCACUCAGGAGCCAGGCCGAGCCUGACACCCUGUCGUCUCCCGUCGCGCAGUGACCUGAGGGAUCUGCGAGUGACCCGACUGGCAAUCUCCCUACUGCAUGGACCGGCUGCAGAAGCAACCACUCACCUCCCCCGGGAGCGUCAGCUCCUCCCGAGACUCCAGUGUUCCCGGCUCUCCCUCCAGCAUUGUGGCCAAGAUGGACAAUCAGGUGCUGGGUUACAAGGACUUGGCUGCCAUCCCCAAGGACAAGGCCAUCCUGGACAUCGAGCGGCCUGACCUCAUGAUCUACGAGCCCCACUUUACCUACUCUCUCCUGGAGCACGUGGAGCUGCCCAGAAGCCGGGAGCGCUCACUGUCACCCAAAUCCACAUCCCCCCCACCGUCCCCAGAGGUGUGGGCGGGCAGCCGGUCCCCUGGAACCAUCUCUCAGGUUUCAGCCCCAAGAACCACCGGGACCCCCCGAACCAGCCUGCCCCAUUUCCACCAUCCUGAGACCACCCGCCCAGAUUCCAACAUCUACAAGAAGCCACCCAUCUACAAGCAGAGAGAGCCCGCGGGAGGCAGCCCCCAGAGCAAGCACCUGAUCGAGGAUUUCAUCAUCGAGUCGUCCAAGUUCCCUGCGGCCCAGCCCCCGGACCCCAACCAGCCGGCCAAGAUCGAAACCGACUACUGGCCAUGCCCACCGUCGCUGGCCGUCGUGGAAACGGAAUGGAGGAAGCGGAAAGCAUCUCGGAGAGGGGUGGAGGAGGAGGAGGAGGAAGAUGAUGACUCUGGGGAGGAGAUGAAGGCUCUCCGGGAGCGUCAGAGAGAAGAACUCAGUAAGGUUACUUCCAACUUGGGAAAGAUGAUCUUGAAAGAAGAGAUGGAAAAGUCGUUGCCUAUCCGGAGGAAGACCCGCUCCCUGCCCGACCGGACACCCUUCCAUGCCUCCUUGCAUGGUGGAACCUCUAAGUCAUCGUCGCUCCCGGCCUACGGCAGGCCCACCCUGAGCCGGCUACAAUCCACAGACUUCAGCCCAUCCGGGAGUGAGACUGGAAGCCCAGGUGUGCAGAACGGAGAGGGCCAGAGGGGGAGGAUGGACCGGGGGAACUCCCUGCCCUGUGUGCUGGAGCAGAAGAUCUACCCCUAUGAGAUGCUGGUGGUGACCAACAAGGGACGGAACAAGUUGCCCCCAGGCGUGGACCGGAUGCGGCUGGAGAGGCACCUGUCAGCUGAGGACUUCUCCAGGGUAUUCGCCAUGUCUCCUGAAGAAUUCAGCAGGCUGGCUCUGUGGAAGCGGAACGAACUCAAGAAGAAGGCUUCCCUGUUCUGACCGUGCCCGUGCUCCGUGACUGCCCCUCACCCCAGCUGUUCUCUGGAGCUGGGUCCCGAGGCCCUAAAGCAUCAUCUCUUGGGGGAACAGGAGGUGGGCAGAGGCGGGGCCAGCUCCACGCACAUGCGGGGUCCAGGGGAGCCCAGACUCCUUUCAGUGCUGGGGUGUGGGACGUGGACGUUCUUGCCCUGAGGAGCCGGGGGCCGCCCCUCACCCCUGGCCUUCACCGCACAGGGCAAACCCAGGCUGGACUCCAGCACCCCAGACUUAAUGUCUAUGCCCUCUCCCUGUCCCCACCCCAUGGUGAGGUCCCCAGAAGGGUGAGAGCGGGGAGACAUGAACACGGCACUUGGUGGUCAGGCCUGUUACUAUCCAGACCAAUGGGCAGCUAGCACCCUCGAGCCUGGCAGGAGCGUGUGGGGGUGGGGAGCAGCAAGCAGGCAGAGGUGGCACCAGGACCCUGGGUGCGCCCAGCAGGCGCUCCUCCUCCCCCCACCUCAGAGAGCUUCCCCUGCACCUGGGCCUCCCCGUCUGACCCCGCGGAAGCAAGGUGGAGCUCAUUCUCCAGGCAGGGGCCCUCCAGCUUACCCUGUCCUCUCCUUGCAAAUCCUAUGCUUUGAAGCCUCAUGCUCAGCCCCUUGGCUUCCCCAGAAGCCUUGGCUUAGAGUGGAGAUGCUGCCUAUACUGAGCCCCAGCCCCCCAUUGGCCUCCAGGCAAAGUGAGCUAGAAUCCUACCUUCUGACGCUCAGGUCCUGGGCAGAGCCAGGCCUUCAGGCUCCCUGGGUGGAAUCAAGAGGCCAGGCUGGGCGUCC